AGCAGUAGCAACAACCAGCCACGUGAAGGAGAUGGGCUCCGUGCAGGCCGACGCCGACGUCAAGCCGCACGCCGUGUGCGUGCCGCUCCCGGCGCAGGGGCACGUCACGCCCAUGCUGAAGCUGGCCAAGAUCCUCCACUGCAGGGGCUUCCACAUCACCUUCGUCAACUCCGAGUUCAACCACCGUCGCCUCCUCCGCUCCCGCGGCGCCGCCGCGCUCGACGGCAUCGAGGGUUUCCGCUUCGCCACCAUUCCGGACGGCCUGCCACCGUCCGACGCCGACGCCACGCAGGACGUGCCGUCCCUCUGCCGCUUCACCAAUGCGACCUGCCUCCCCCACCUCAAACGGCUCCUCGCCGACCUCAACGCCUCCACCGAGUCGCCGCCGGUCACCUGCAUAGUCGGUGACGACGUCAUGAGCUUCUGCCUCGACGCCGCCAGGGACAUCGGCGUACCAUGCGCGUUGUUCUGGACGGCCAGCGCCUGCGGCUACAUGGGCUACCGCAAUUACCGCGCCCUCUACGAAAAGGGCCUCUUCCCACUCAAAGACGCGGAGCAGCUGACGAACGGGUACAUGGACACGCCGGUGGACUGGGCGGCGGGGAUGAGCAGCCACAUGCGGCUCAAGGACUUCCCGACCUUCAUCUGGUCCACGGACCCAGACGAGUACAUGUCCCACACUACGGGAGAACAGGGCUUUGCCUUCGCCCUCCACGUGACGGAGCGGAUUGCGGAGGCGGACGCCGUGAUCCUCAACACCCUGGAAGAGCUGGAGCUGGUGGCGCUGGCCACGAUGCGCGCCAUGUUCCCGCCCUCCUCGCCCAUCCACACCAUCGGCCCCCUAGCCUUCCUCGCCGAGGAGAUCGUGCCACAGUGCGGCCCUGUGGCCGAGCUGGGCUCCAACCUGUGGAAGGAGGACCUCUCCUGCUUCGGCUUCCUCGACGGCAAGGAGCCCGGGUCCGUGGUGUACGUGAACUACGGCAGCAUCACGGUGAUGACCAACGAGGAGCUGCUCGAGUUCGCGUGGGGGCUGGCCAACAGCGGCCAGGCUUUCCUAUGGAUCAUCAGGCCGGACCUCAUCAAGGGCGACGAGGCGGUGCUGCCGCCGGAGUUCCUGGAGUCCAUCGAGGGCCGGGGCGUGCUGGCGAGCUGGUGCCCGCAGGAGGCGGUGCUGCGGCACGAGGCGGUAGGCGUGUUCCUGACGCACUCCGGAUGGAACUCCACGGUGGAGAGCCUCUGCGGCGGGGUGCCGAUGCUGUGCUGGCCCUUCUUCGCGGAGCAGCAGACCAACAGCCGGUACGGCUGCAUGGAGUGGGGCGUGGCCAUGGAAAUCGGCCAUGACGUGCGGCGGGAGGCCGUGGAGGCCAAGAUACGGGAGGCCAUGUGCGGCGAGAAGGGGAAGGAGAUGAGGCGCCGGGCCGUGGAGUGGAAGGAGACCGGAGCCCGCGCGACGCAGCCCGGCGGGCGGUCGUACGCCAACCUCGAGAAGCUGAUCGCCGACGUGCUCCUGUCGGGAGUCAAGCGCCGUUAAAAUGUUACUGUAGUAAAUUGUCAUUCUGUUGCUACGUCCAGCGCAUGCAGUGCAGUGGAUGCGAUGCGAUUCGCUGUAUCAGAUAACGAUGUUAUUGUGCACUUCUGCU